AUGUUACUGAUCAGCUGCUACUUCUUCAUAGCGUUCUACGAUUUGCACCACUUUUUAGGAGAUUUGUUUAGUUUUGCGUUUGCCCUCGUCACGUUGGCCUACGGGUUUAUCGGGAUUAGCCGGGUAGGUCACCUGUUGGCCAAUCCGGCCCGAUUCAGUGAGCUGAUGCACGAAGCUAAGAAAACCUACGAACGAUCAGCGCUAAAUCAACGUGUAGUUAAGAUCCUGAAGCGUUACACCAGUUGGCUCAAACAUUGUGUCAUCUUCUACAGCAUGGCAUUUGUUGCGGCCACUGUCGCUACGGGUCUCUUGCCUACGGUCAUAUACCUCUGGACUGGCCAACGGAACCUACCCUUGGGCAUUGAGUUGCCCUUUUUAGAUCCGGAUUCGUUAAAAGGUUAUCUGCUAAACUACUUGUAUCAGAUUAGUUGCAUGUUGUGGACUCCUCCCGCAUUGAUUGCCGUGCAGAACAUGUGUUUUAUUUUGGUUUUUAACGUCUUUAUUCAGUACGAUAUUCUGCUGCUCGGGCUAGAGGAUUUAAACCUGUUGAUUAAGGAAAACACUGAUGGCAAACUAGACACGGACGUUCACCAGAAACUGUUGCAAGUACUACAAUACCAUCAGCGCUUGACUAUCUUCAGUGGGGCAAUAGAAAGGAGUUUUUCGGUGCAAUUUUUCGUAGAAAUCUCCUCUAAUGCUUUACAAGUUAUCGUAACAUUAUUUGUGGCGAACACUGCAAACUGGAUACCGGGAUAUUUAAUCAUUUUCCUCGCGACCUUUCAAUCCCUCAUGCUGUGCUUUCUCGGAGCGCUGAACGAGCUCAAGAGUGACCAAUUAGUGGCCAAGAUCUACGACGUAGCCUGGUCCGAAAUGCGCCUUCCGGAGCAAAAAUCCAUACACAUUCUGCUGACCAAAUCACAGCAAGCCUCCUUGCUGUCGUGUGGCGGACUGUUGCCGAUGAAUAUGAACCUGUUUUUGAAGGUUUACAAGACAAUUUAUUCAGUUUUCAUGAUGUUAAUGAAUAUUUAAGCUUAACUGGAAAGAUAACUGAAUAUAUUAAAACAGCAAAGGAUUUUGCAAUCGAAUUCGAAUCAAAAUGAAACAGUGAUUGAAUUUGUUGACACCGUUUAGUUACUAAGCACUGCAGCACAACACUGUUUAAUACCAACCCACCAAAAUACCACGUGGCUCACUUGGAAUGGCACACGCCACGGAAGGAACCCCCAACGCGACACCGCCACCGCUCUACAAAUUACCCAAUUGAAUUAAAAGAACGUACUCACCACCAUGGAUAUAAAUAUAAAAGAUCCCAGUAAGACAGACA